CAACUAUGGUCUACUUUUUUUGUUGUCUCACUUAACUUUGCUAAAGGCAAUUCUUCCACUUGAAUGCCAGCCAUGGAUUUGCAGCAUUUGCAACACCAUUUUUGAAUUGAGAACACUGAAUAUUUUGUCUUUGUCAGUAGCGUGCACGAGGUUAGAUAAGAGGAGGAGGGAGGUUAUAGAAGUGAGACAGUGGAGUCAGAUCGGGUCAUUUCUUUUUAUGGAUGAGUUAUUAUCAGACACAGAGGAAAAUAUUUUUGAUGCUUCCACUGAACAGCUGGCUUCCAACUAUCUCUGAUUCUCACUUUGUUGGACAGUUAAAAGUGAACAGGCUUUGGCUCUUGUAAUAACAAUUUUAUUUGUUAUUCAUUAUCCAAAACUGUCACUUCUUUUUUCAAUGAUUUAAAACCAAAACUAUGGCAUCAUCCAAAGGCAUUAGAGAGGAAGAGGAAAAACACCUGACUGUGCUCUUUCACACCUAUGAUGUGGAUUAUUCAGGACGAAUUGAGAAAAAUGAAUUCUCGACCAUUUGCAAGGAGCUCCAUGUCCCGUCUCAAGACGCCGAUGGCUUAUUCAGCCGCCUUGACAUCGACAAAGACGGUACGGUGACCUUAGAGGAGUUCAUCACUGGCUUCAAAGAACAACAUCAAGAGGAAGAAGACGGGACUGAGACAGAGGACGUGUGCUCCUUCACUGAGGAAACAAUUGUAAAAACCAAGGAGCAGGUCAUAUCCAGCCAGCCACAUCCCGCAGUGAUCGGGGGCAUGAGCGCGGAGGAGCGUGACCGGCUGCGCUCGCUAUUUCACGCCUACGACGUGGACAAGUCUGGGAGGAUCGAGAGGAACGAGUUCCUCACCAUCUGCGCGGAGCUGCAAGUGUCCGCGGCCGAGGCGGACCGCAUUUUUGACAAGCUGGACGCGGACCAGGACGGCACCGUCACCCUGCUGGAGUUCAUCAGCGGCUUCCACGAGCGCUACGGGGAAGACAUGAUGGAGUCGGACGGGGGAGACGUGUCCACCGCCUGGGAGAACUUCGCGGGGAGACUAGGUGAACAGAGCAAGUUCAUCCCCAGGCACGAACAAGCAUCGACGUUGUACCAGAACAUCAGUCUGACGGAGCCCAGACUGAUUCCUCAGUAUGAAAGAGUCAUCGUUAACUUCACCAAAGAGAUCAAACAGCAAAACCUAGAGAUGGAGAACCUGGCGCUCGCCAUCAAACGAGCACAGGACCAGGCGUCCAUGCAGCUCACUGAGAUGGAGGAGGAGAUGGACCAACGCAUUCACGCGGCAGAGAGAAAAACACGCGAGCAGGAGAAGAGGCGAACGGAGGCUGAACUGGGCGAGCUACGAAGAAGUUAUGAAACGGAAAUUUGUGAGCUUCAGUGUAAGAUCCAGCGGAUGCAGAUGAUUGAAGAAAAAUACAAUAAUAUCACAGUGAAAGACGAGUCGCUGGCAUUGAAGAAGAAGAUCACUGAACUAACCCUGGAUAACCAGCGUCUAAAGCAGGAGCUGUUGAAAUCUCAGACCAAAGUGGCCUGUCUGCACAGCGAGAUGGACAUGCUGAAGACAGAGUUAACCGACCACAGCAUCAACACUGAACGAGAUGAGGAGCUCUUGCAGCAGUUCGCUGAUGAGCGCGACAUCCUGGAGAGUCAGAUUGAGAUUCUGCAGAAAGCCAACAGGAAGCUCCACGACAACAACGAUGGCCUGAGGAUGGCACUGGAGAGGAUCACAAAGUCUAGUAACAGUGGAUCACCAGGAGAAAUAAAGAGCAGAAGUAAAAGCAUCUGUUACACGUCACCACACGCAUUAAUGGACAGGUUCUGCCACCAUUUGAAUGACGAUUUCUCUCCGUACAACCGUCGGCCCAGCUGUGACACUCUGGCCUUGGCCAUGUGUGACCCGGGCCUGAAGCGCAGAAACAGCAGUGAGUGUGAGGAGGACAGCCUGCCUGAGAUCUACAUGGACAGCGGCCUGUCAACACUCAGAGGCUCACACGGUGGCUACGACUCUGAGCACGAGGUCAAAUGUCAUGAGGAGGAGGAGGAGGAGGAGAAAGUGAGGGAGGAGAAGACAAGGGAGGAUGACUACAAUGACAGCAUCAUUGAAGAAUGCGAAGAAAACUCUGACAAUGAGCCAGCAGAGACACAGGACAGUGAGUCAGCGUUUGGGUCAGACAGUAGCUCAGCGUUGGAGUGGAAGCUGCCUGAAUCCAUCGAUGUCCCCAAAACCCCUGCCCCAACAACACGAAAGGCCCUCAGUGCCAUCAGUGUUCAGAAGGACGAGGCGAGCCCCGACCUGGGCUACAUGACGUCAGAGAGAGCUUUCAGAAUCGUGUUGGCCGGAGACGCUGCUGUGGGAAAGUCCAGUUUCCUGCUGCGUCUCUGCAAGAAUGAAUUCACACCAAGCUCCAGUGCAACUCUGGGAGUGGAUUUCCAGAUCAAGACACUCGUCGUAGACGGAGAACCUGUUUUGCUACAGCUGUGGGACACUGCAGGACAGGAAAGGUUUCGCAGCAUUGCAAAGUCUUAUUUCCGCCGGGCGGACGGCGUGUUGCUGCUGUACGAUGUCACCUGUGAAAGAAGCUUUCUAAAUGUCAGAGAGUGGGUGGACAUGAUUGAGCAGGAUGUUUCUUCAGAGGAUGUUCCCAUCAUGCUCGUGGGUAACAAGUGUGACCUAAGACAAAGUGGAGCCAGCUUUGUUCCGACCAGCUAUGGAGAAAAACUGGCCAUGACAUACAACACUCUGUUCUGUGAAACCAGUGCCAAAGAUGGCUCCAACAUCCUUGAGGCUGUGCUGCAUCUGGCCAGGCAGGUUAAACAGUAUGCUGCUUUAAAUCAAAAGAGUCACCAUCAGUCGCUGCCCAGCUUGGACGCUCCCAGGAAGAAACCAAAUUUCUCCUGUUGCACCUGAUCAAACUCAUCAUUUCUGGACAUGUGACUUAAUGUGAACUCAGUGAAUGUGGAACAAGGAUAACAAACUAAACCGAAAUGAGACAUGAUAUCUGCAACGGGAGCAAAUCAUCGUCGCCAUGGUUCUCCACAACUAUUUUAUGAACGGCUGGAAGUGAGCAAGUUUUUUUUUCUUAUUCAGGGUUUUUUUUUUUUUAAAUAAUAAUGUACUCAAUUUCUCUAUAUGUUCCAUAGUUUUUGAAUUUCAAUCUUUGUCAGUAUGAACUUUCUUACUCAUCACGUAUGAUGUUUUCACACACACUCGCACAAGUUCCUUCCAACAACAUGUGAUAGUAAAGAAGAAUGUGUUCGCCCUGUUUCCUCUGUGAAGACAUGCACGUUUGAAGAAACGGCGACUCUGUGUUGGCUUGAAUAUGAGUGUGAAUGGUUGUUUGUCUCUGUAAAUGUCUGCUGUGUGAUACACCGAUGACCUGUCCAGGAUUUAACCUGCAUCUGUCAUCCGCGUAACACAAAUAUUAACGCAAGUGAUAUGUAUUGACUGCUGAUGUGGGGACACUGAGAAUUGUGUGAGAACGUAAAGGUCCAGUGUGUAAGAAUUAGUGAGAAGAAUGCAGUUCUUCUUUCUCUUAGUAACGCUUUUCUUCAAAAUGUGAAAAAGCAUUUUUCCACUAUACAGUUCUAGCACAACUCGGCUUGGUUCUACUCUGAUUGUUAAUGUUAAUCUCCACCAUUUAGCAAGAAACUUUGUGUAAUGUCAACAUUUAACAAAGGAGUCUGGUCAAUUUAACAUUAGCCGAAUCACAACCCGUUCAGCUGUAUUAUAAUUCAGUGACUGUGCAGGAAGCGCUGAACUAAUCUUGUUAAUUAACUGUUUCUAAUGAUUCAGUACACCGAAAACAACUUCUUUAAUUGUCACUAGUUUGUGUGUUUGUGUCGGGUAUAAAACAACGUCACGGCAGAUUCACUCAGCCGUGCUAUGAUGACCCCGGAAAACGACAUGCCUGGUACCCAAACCCAUGUAGAAUCGAGCUGUGCCAAGUCGCGCAUGACUGUAUAGGGGAAAAGCACCAUAAGCACCAUGGCGGCCUCCAUAAAGCAAGGCCCUUGCCCAUAGUACAUGCACAAUGCUUAUUCUGUAAGGCCUUUGCGCAACAAACAACACACAAUUGGGAAUGAUUUAGAGGCAAAUUUCAACGCACCCUCUCUAUUCACACAUAUAAUAUGAUAGAUUAAAACUUAUAGUAAAUUAUUUGGAAGAGAAAAUAUUUGCAUAAUUGGAAGAAAUCUGCUUCUAGUGAGGUUGAGCUGGUUCUCAGUCAUUUUACAGAGUAAAAAUAAUAACCUGAUUAUAGCCACAGCUAAAGACGAGAGGAUAGCAUGGUUGGUUUAGUCGCUGUUCUUUUAAGUAAAAUUCUGACUCUGAUGUGAAAGGAUACACACGUUUAAAAAAAACAUGACCGUGCGAAUAAAGCUCUGCUGUGCAGAGGCAAUGAGACUACAAACGCCCAAACGAAAUGUGAUUAUACAUAUACACACAAACAUACAUUUAGGCAGUAUAUUCAGUUACACAUUGGAUCUUUAAAGACAGAAAAGCUCCCCUUGUCUUUGUUCUCACUGUAUGUGAUUUUUACAUUACAUUACUUUUGGUUCAUCCCAUCAUCUUUAUUAUAUUACCCACAGUGUUAUGUUUCUCUUCAUUUAACUUCCCACUGAGGACGACUUUGUUACAGAUUUUAUAUUUUUCAGAUUUGCACAAAUGCUUUAAAAUAAUAUAUGAGUUAUGAAAAUAAGUAAAGCCGAAGGUGUCAAAGCCCGUUUGUUUUAUCCCUCUGACAUAGUUGCUAUCUGUAAUCUGUUUAAAUGUGUGCAUCUGAGCUUGGUAAAGUGUCACAACUGAUAUUAUAGUCCGUCUUAUUCUUGUUAUUACAUAAUAAUAAUGCCAUAAUAUCAAGCUGCUGAAGGACGAUUCUCGUCAGAAACCAGUCCUCCCAAACUUUUAUGACAGUCUGAAUUGAUGAUCUGUGGCUGUCAGUUUAUUCUUCCUCAACUUCCUAACAACAAACACAUGGUAGAAUAAUCUAAAAUUCAGAUUUUGACUUGAUGCAGAGAGGUACGGAGAUACAAAAACAAAGGAAAAAGGUUUUGUCACCAACGUAGUGGUUGGUGAAACAUUUAAGAGAUAAACUGUAAAGACUUUAGCCUCAUUAUGACACUUUAUAAAAUCUAGUUAAUGUGAAGUUUACUUCAGUCUCCAGAUGCUACGUAUAGAUCACAUAAUGUGUUUGUAAUGUUGUCUUUCACUGUUAGACUGUGUCUGCAGGUAAAAAUCAAACACUGUGGUUGUGCAUAUAGCAGGGAACCUGAUGCUCUGCUAUUUAUUUCCACCUAGAAUAAACUUCUUUUUUUAUAAAUGCCUUUGCUUAUACUUCAUAAUC